AUGGAACUAAACGUUUUAAUUAAUUUCAACUCCAGCAGUGACUUUGACAAUUAUCAAGAAAUAGUAAAAACAAGUGAUAAACCUUUAAUAGUCUAUAAUAAUAUUAAUGCCAACGUUACGCCAAUAUUUGAACGGCAAACAAAGAAUUUAUGGGUAAUUGUGUGGCUAAAUGAAAAUGUUACAAUGAAUGACACUAUCAAUUUUUUGGAUCGUAUUCUAUGGAAACUACAUUGGUCGGAAAUUAUGUUUAUAGCAGAACUUACGGCAGAUAAUAAUAAUUUUAUGCAGUUAUUAUUUAAAUUAUGCUGGAGCAAGGGCUUUACUAAUGUUCUGCUAUGGCAGAAGGGUCAAUUAUAUAAUUAUCAACCAUUUCCCAAAGUGCAAGUGAUAAAUGUGACAAGUGUGAAAAGUUAUUUGGAUGCAAAACAAGAAAUCGAUUUUAAGGGCUACAUAUUUAGGGUGCCCUUUACUCGACGCCCUCCCCAAAGCUUUAGUUAUCGCAAUCAGCAUGGAGAUUUAGUGUUUGCAGGAUAUUGGUUUAAAAUUGUUGAUAUCUUUAAUAAACAAUAUAAUGGCACUACAAAGAUAUUUCCGGUUACCUUGGAGGAGACAAAGAUACGAAGGGAUAUUCUUAAAUUGACCGCUACUAAAUUGUUUGAUAUAAUACCCAGUUCUAUGUAUUUCAGUGACUACUAUUCUAACAGUGAUGUAUUUUAUCUCUCCAAAGUGGUGGUUUUAUGUUCAGUGUCUCCAGAAAUUCCCGAAAGUUUAUAUCUAUUGAUAACUUUCGAUAGAAAUGUAUGGCUAAUGUGUGCUCUAACCUUUAUAAUUCUAACACUGUUGAUAGCUUUAAUUUAUAGAUUUGUAACAAAUCGUUGGCAUAUCUCCACUUCCUGUCUAGAUGCUUUAACUACUUUAACAAAUAUAUCGUCGAAUUAUUUAAAACGUCGUCAUUCCUUUUUAAUGUUUAUAUUACAUUUUAUGCCCUUACUAAGCGGAUUUCUUUUAACCAAUUUUCAUAAUUGUAAUUUGUCCAGCAUGUUGACAGCUAAAAUCUAUGAAGAUCCUUUAGAGUCACUAGAGGAUAUUUCCAAAACCAAUGUUAAAAUACUUGAGGCUUCUUAUGAUAUUGAUCAUACCUUGACUUUGGAGUCCGUACCGCAAUAUAUCAAAGAACGACUUACAACCAUCGACUCAAUACAUGAAUUUGUACGUUUACGCUCUAAUCUCGAAAUAACCAAAUAUUUCUAUACCGGACCCGAAGAUUUGGCAGAUUUUUUUCUAUUUCAACAGAAAUAUUUACCACGUCCUUUUGCCACCGCCCUUAGUGAGGCUAUCUAUCAUAAGCCUUUCUUCUUUACCGUCCCUCAUCGUUCUCCAUUUCUACCUCUCUUCAAUCGUUAUCUCUUGUAUGUUCAUGAGAAUGGUUUGUAUGAUAAACUUCAGCAUGAUGCCAAGUGGGAUGGUGUGGUUAGUGGUGAACUUAAGUUCUUUUUGCCCUCGGAUUUAAAUAAAUCCCUGAGUUUGGACUAUUUAAGUAGUGCUUUUAUUUUGCUGAUUUUGGGUUUAGUCGGUUCUAUAUUGGUGUUUUUGUUGGAAAUAUAUUCUGUAAGAAAAUUGCGGAAAUAA